CCAGCCGCCAGAUUGGGUGGGUGGGCAGCGGUGGAGCGCUCAGGAGCCAGCUCCCGCCAGGGGUCUUAGUGGAGGACCGGGCCCCGAUGGCGCGCCGGACUGAGCCCCCCGAUGGGGGCUGGGGAUGGAUGGUGGUGCUCUCAGCGUUCUUCCAGUCGGCGCUGGUGUUCGGGGUGCUCCGCUCCUUUGGCAUCUUCUUCGUGAAGUUCGUGGCUGCGUUCGAGGAGCAGGCAGCACGCGUCUCCUGGAUCGCCUCCAUCGGAAUCGCGGUGCAGCAAUUUGGAAGCCCAAUAGGCAGUGCCCUGAGCACGAAGUUCGGGCCCAGGCCUGUGGUGAUGACCGGGGGCAUCUUGGCUGCACUGGGGAUGCUGCUAGCCUCAUUUGCUACCUCCUUGACCCACCUAUACUUAAGUAUUGGACUGAUCUCAGGCUCUGGCUGGGCCUUGACCUUCACUCCGACCCUGGCCUGCCUGUCCCGUUACUUCUCUCGUCGUCGAUCUUUGGCCAUGGGACUGGCACUGACGGGAGUGGGCCUCUCCUCUUUUGCAUUUGCCCCCCUAUUCCAGUGGCUGCUCAACCACUAUGCCUGGCGGGGGGCCCUGAUGCUAGUGUCUGCCCUCUCCUUCCACCUGGUGGCCUGUGGUUCACUCCUCCGACCACUAUCCCUGGCUGAGGACUCUGCUGUGGGUGGCCCUGGGGCCCAACUCAUCUCCCUCCUCCAUAAUGGCCCCUUCCUCCGUUAUACUAUUGCCCUUACACUGAUCAACACUGGCUACUUCAUUCCCUAUGUCCAUCUGGUGGCCCAUCUCCAGGACCUGGGUUGGGACCCACUGCCUGCUGCUUUCAUACUCUCAGUGGCUGCCAUUGCUGACCUUGUGGGACGUGUGGCCUCUGGGUGGCUGGGAGAUGCCAUUCCAGGACCUGUGGCACGACUCCUGAUACUCUGGACUACCUUGACUGGGGUGUUACUCGUCCUGUUCCCUGUGGCUCAGGCUUCUACAGCCCUGGUAGUUCUAGCUGUGGCCUAUGGAUUUACCUCAGGGGCCCUGACCCCAGUGGCCUUCUCCGUGGUGCCCGAACUUGUGGGAACUGGAAGGAUGUACUGUGGCCUGGGACUGGUGCAGAUGGUAGAAAGCAUCGGGGGGCUACUGGGGGCUCCUCUCUCAGGCUACCUCCGAGAUGUGACAGGCAACUACACGGUUUCCUUUGUGGUGGCUGGGGCCUUCCUUCUCGCAGGGAGUGGAGUUCUCAUCACUCUGCCCUAUUCCUUCUCCUGCUGUCCAGCUCCUACCUCCAGAUCCCAGGACCUUGUAAUCGAAGCACCGCAUACCAAAGUCCCUCUGUCCAAGGAGGAGGGGCUGGGAAAGGACUGAACUCCAGCCAGAGGCAGUCAAGUCUAGAAAGUCAAAGCUUGACAAAUCCAAGUCUUCUGCCCUGUCUCUGACCUCCACAAAUCACAGUGCCUUACAAUUCUUGAAAUGUCUCCUUAGAGCAGACCAGGGGUUUCUGAGGUGUGUGUGCCAAACCUUUGUAUAUUGUUGAGGGCUCUCAUUUCUGCUCCUUUGUUCUCCCAGUGUGUUUGUUUUGUUUUGUUUUGGAUCCAGGAAAUCUUGCUUCACUGAACUGUGAAUCAAUUGAAAAUCAAAGGCUGGGAGUGAGCCAGGUGCUAGUGGCUCACGCCUGGAAUCCUAGCUACUCAGGAGGCU